CAACUGAAAACUUUCGAGCCCAGCUAUGCGUCCGGUUCUGUUCAAAAAGGAAAACUAUGUAAGUUACAACAAGGACACCAAUAAGUCCACAUGUCUGCUGUGUCGCCGGGAACUGUGCGGUCUGGUUAUCGGUAAUAUAAAGCGGCACUAUGAGACCAUGCAUAAUAUCAAAUUUACCCGCGACUAUCUGCCAACGGCCAAGGUCCACAUAAAUACCCUGACUCGGCCCAAGGAUGACAAUGUUUUCAGAUUAACUAAAAAUGGAUUCGUAAAAUGUUGUGUGGGCUUGAUUGCCGUGAAAAAUCUGCCCCUAAGGAUAUUGGAUGAUGAGCGGUAUUUCAAGAAACUCAUUGCACCCUAUCAGCAGGAGUAUUCUCUGCAGUUGACUAGUGAAAAUAUCCUGGAUGGCCUGGACUUUUGGUCACUACGUGUCAAGUCUCAUUUGCGUGGGAAAUUCCAUAAAAAAUUCCUGAGCCUCAAAGUCGACAUGGUUGGUCGCCAAGGUCGAAAUGUAAUGGGCCUGCAUGUUCAAUUUAUGGAGAACUAUAAAUUGAUAUGCCACAGUAUUGGUGCGGUGGAGUUGAAAAAAGGCCAACGUUGGAAUCCGAAAUUCAUGAAGGAAGAACUGUUGAAAUCCUUAAAGGAAUACGAAAUUGAUGUCCGGCAAUUAUAUGCCCUAACCUGUGAUGGCCGUGGCAAGGCUCUAAAAGCCUUACAACUUUUGCAGCAAGAUCUGGAGGAGAUGAGCAGUGAGUACCUUGCAGAAAUGGAGGAUUCAUUAGAAAAACCCCUACUUUCGGUGGUCUAUUCAGGGUCCUACAUUAUCGAAUUGGCGGCUCGAUUAUUUUUCACCUCCAUCGAAAGUGAUCUCAACGAGUGUCGCCACACCAUCCAGCAGAUACGUCAACAGGACAUAAAUCACAACUUUGUGCCCAGCCUGGAUUCGGACAGCCGUUGGCAGUCCACCUUUGAUAUGGUGGCAUCUCUAAAGGAUUUCAUUGAAAACAGCGAAAUUGUUACCGAAUAUCGUGGCAAAAUGGAUUGGUUGGGGCUCUUCAUGGAAACUCACCAGCCACUGGAGGAGUGGUUGGAACUGAUGCAGCAUCAGCAGCAGUAUAUUGUGGGUGACUUCUAUCGCGACUGGUUGGUGUGUGAGGCAAGACUGAAACAAAUGUCCGACAAUGAAUAUGCCAUGCAUCUUUUGGAGGCCGUGCUGGAGGUCAAACAGAACCUGCUGGAUAAUGAGGCAUUUAAUGCGGCACUGUAUUUCGAUCCAAGAUUCAAUCAUUUGGAUUCACCAUAUUUCAGUGAGGAGAGGAGGAAACAGGCAGUGGAUCACAUCAUGACCAUACAAGACCUGAUGAAAACUCUGGAAUUCGAUACCAGACUUAUUUCCGAUGAUUAUGACAGUCAAAAUAAUGCCAAAUUAAUUGGGCGCCAAGAAGAUCCCUAUAAUAUAUUGGAAGCCGAAAUACCACAGAUAGCCAGAAAUUCAACUGUUGAAGAAAUCCGUCUCAACAUCCGACAAAAAUUAGAAAAAUUGGCAAGUGCACCUCGUUUACCCUACUCUUCGAAUAUUUUGGAAUAUUGGCAGCAAAUGCAAAUUAAAGACCCUGAAAUACAUAUCCUGAUGAAAGUCGUGCUGGCCGUUGGCAUAGGUCAGUCGGUGACGGUGAAGAGGACAUGCAGUGCUCUGACCACAUAUUUGACGAAGGAGAAGGCCCGCCUGCCCAAGAGAGCCAUGGCCAAUAUGCUGCUGGUGAAACUCAAUGCCGAUGUGCUGGAUGAGGUGGAGGCAUAGGGGGGAUGGAGCACUAGAAAUGGGGAAAAUAAUGCAGCCAAAACUGUGAAUUCUUCCGUCGCCCGAUGCGGGGGAAGAAAAAAUAUUAAUUCUAACCUAAAAAAAUUUGAUGAUAACACUGUGCCAAAAAAUUCAAAUUUUCAAUAAUUGCGGAAAAAAUCUAGAAAAUUAUGAAAGUAGAGUUUCAAAAAGGCGACACGUGUGACUUUCUAAGACCUACAUUAAGGGAGUUUUUUUAACCUAUAUUAAAAAAAGGACCAAAAAGACCCCUUUCUUGACUCGCUUGAGGGUUAAAAGUUUCCACAAAAAUAAUCCUCGUAUUUUUAUCUGCAACAUUGCCAACGACUUUAUAUACCUAAAGUGCCCGCACUCCGAGAAAUCUUCCGAAUCCGAAAAUUUUCAAAAGUGUGUAAUAGGAGGGAA